CUCUAUCAAUCUCCCAUCCCAAUCUCAGACAACGUUCCUCGUUCACUUCCCACUUCCCAGAAGCCAAAAGCAAAAAAAAAAAAAAGCCCACAUCGGAGAUGGAGGAGCAACCACUAGAGACGGCGGCGGAGAAGCAGCCGGAGGUUCACCGACGGCCGCUGGCGACGAAGGUAAUGGUGGCCAUAGACGAGAGCGAUAACAGCUUCUACGCUCUCCAGUGGGUCAUCGACCAUUUCUCCAGCUUGGUGGUGCCUCAACCGCCACCGGAGGCGGAGGAGGAGUCGCCGGCGGCGGCGACGGAUGGAGGGAUGCUGACGGUGGUUCAUGUUCAGCAGCCGUUCCAGCAGUUUGCUUUUCCGGCGGGGCCCGGUGGCGCGACCGCAGCAGUCUACAUGACGUCAUCGAUGAUGGAGGCUGUGAGAAAAGCCCAACGAGAGACCGCCACUGCACUUUUUGCUCGCGCCCUCCAAAUUUGCCGGAAGAAUAAGGUAAAUGUGGAAACUCUUCUGAUGGAGGGCGACCCGAAAGACGUGAUAUGCCAAGCGGUCGAGGAAAUGCGCGUUCAGCUUCUGGUCAUGGGUAGUCGUGGCCUCGGCAAGAUCAAAAGAGCGUUUCUCGGGAGCGUCAGCGACUACUGUGCUCACCACGCCAAGUGCGCGAUUCUCAUCGUGAAGCCGCCCAGGGACAUGGCUAAGUAAGCAGAGUAUAGUUUACUGAUGUAAAAAAAAUGCAAAUAUUGUGUAUUUGCGACUGUAAGAAUAAAUUAUGGGCCAUAAAAAGUGAAUAAUAUAAACAUAUAUGGAUAAAACUAAGUGAAUGCACUGAUUAUUUUCUCUUUUCUUCA